UUUUUGCGUGUGAGUGUUGAUUAUUUGGGAGUUUCAUAUCUUCAUUCUUCUUUUCUUUUUUCAGUUGACACUUUUAUGCUUUUGCCUUCAUUCUGUAUGAUCUCUUUUUGUGGGCUUUAAUUUAUUUUCUCAUUCACUAUAUGGUUGUCCCAAAAAUUAGGGUAAUUCAAUUGAAUUGUGACAUUUUUAAGAAUUUGCAGCUCAUCUACACAAGAAGGUAGCAAGAAUUCCCAUUUGGUUGCUAAAAAAUUUGACCAACUUGAAGAAAAAAAAAGGAAACUUGAAUUCUGAGUUUCAAGAAAACCAUCUAUUUUUUCUAAGAUUCCACUAAGCAUAAAUAGAAAGCAUUUGGUGUUAAGAAAUAAAUAUUGGAGCAUAAUAUCACAAUCAUUAGUUCCGUGUUCUUCACUAACUUGUCAAUUCCUCUUCUAGUACACAUGACAUAAAUAGGCCUCGAAUAUCAUUUGACAAAAACAUGUCCUUUUUUGUGAAAAAUUUAUCUUUUUCAUGUCAACUUGUGGCUGUGGAUUCCCCCUUUUCGACGAGCUUAUGCUAAGUAAUGAUGAAAAUGGGCACACCAAGCAGCGUCGUUCAGGCGUCUGCUGUAUCUGAUUACAGCCUGUGGGGCGAAGGAGAUCUGUUUAAUGCACCUGAACCGGUUAUCGAGGAGCCCGUUGUGGGACUUGAUCCGAUGACCGUUGCCAUCUCAAUGAUCUCUUGUGGAGAAGAUGUCAUCUCCCCUCAGUCGCUGAGUGUGUCGGAUAUUGAGUCAUCGAUUGAGAGUGGGCAGCUCCUAAGCGAGGUUUUCUACGAGUGCAGGAAGGAUAUUUUGGCAAAGGAAGGGAAUGAAACGCCCCUCUCUGAAGUCCUCAGCAUCAACAUUCCUACUCAUGUCAAGGUUGAUGAAAACAUGAUGAUAGAUGAGAAGUCGGAUGCCGAGUGUUUGUUCCAGAAGAGUGUUAGUUCCAGUUGUCUGAGAUCGAUGGACAACGUGCAUGAGACUCCACUGAGGCCCAGUUUUCUUGAUUUCCCAGUUGAUGACUUUGAAGCUGCAUAUGGGAUGCGACGGGCAUACAGUGAAGGAGACAUAAAGGCUCUUUGUAAUGGUACCAUAAACCACGUUCAAUCGCCAAUGGGGCAACCGAGAGUGUUGAGCAGUUGCAUAUCUGAGGUGCGCAGGGAGAAGCUAUCCCGAUACUGGAGCAAGAAGUCGAAGAGAAAUUUUGGCAGAAAAAUCAAGGUAAAUAUAAAGGCCCUCCUUUUGCAUAGAUUUGAGUUUUGGACGAGUCGGAGUAACUUGUUGCGUUGCUUGGUUUCAGUACGCUUGCAGGAAAGCGCUGGCGGAUAGCCAGCCGAGAAUUCGAGGAAGAUUUGCAAAGACUGAAGAGACAGAAGGCGGGAAGAAGCAAUAAGUAUAGGAGAGUAUGUAGUUGUUAGAGUUUAUGUAGUUAAGAAAGAAGAUAAUGGUAAUAAGCUUAGUUUGUUUGGUGGUAGCUGAAACAAUAAUUAACCUUUGUAGUCAAAUGUUCGUCUAGGUUAUGUACAUAUACUGUUUAAUUAUUCCAUAAUGCAAUAAAUAACGACUUAUGUUUCUCA